AUUGACCCAGAUCUUCCUGUACUUCAAGAAGGAAGAAAUACAAUUGUUUGGUGUUUGACUAUACUCAUUUGGUUUUCCAGGUUGGUGGUCAACGUGAGAGAGAAAGGAUUGUAUCUUCAAAGCCGUAAGUUUUGUAUUCGAUCUUUUAAUUUAAUAUACAUUAUAGUACGUUGAAACACUGCAAUGUGUCAGGUCGAUUUAAGGUUGUGCUAAAUAGUUACCAAUAUUUGAAGAAUAGUUUUUGGUCUGUGUCUGUGAUACGUUUUUAGAUGACUGCGUGGCAAGCCCAUAUUUUUCAACUAUCAUUGACUAUAUUAGAUCUAGAACCGGUGCGACAAAUCACAUUGUGUAAACGUGUAUAGCUUAUCUCUUAAGCUGGAGAGGGUCCCGAAAGGGAUUUCGUGGGAAUGUUUGUUUCUUUUGACAAGGAGAAGCUGGGUGUGAUCAUGAUGAAUGAAUGCGUCAUGGUCAGUUUUAAAUAUUGCCGGAAUUUCAAGUCUUGUAACCAUUACUCAUUAGGGAUAAAACAAGAUUAGCAACGAGUUUGGAAUCUUUUUGUCGUAUCCUAUACCUCAAAACCAUCAUUGUGUAGGGAUCAUCGUUUCUGAAGUAUUUUCGUCGUGAAAUUAAUCCAUAUAAUGUGUAAUUGCGGCCGUCAAAGUAAUUUUCAGCCGGUCACUUUGGCAUGGCGCUCAUGCAUGCGUUAAUCGGUUAUAGUUUUUGUGCGUAAACGUUGUGAACUUGUAUCUAUCUGCGUGGGACAAACUGUCGUGUUUUAGACUUUUGGUUUUUACGACACCGGUCGUAGUUGGGAACUGUACACCAACUCCUGUGAUUCCAUUUUCUUGUUGCAUACACGCGCAUUUGUAAUGAUUUCUCCGAUUUCAGCAUGCAUGCAUGUCGUAUUGUAAAGGCGAUAUCAGGCGAGUUUUCUCACAGACAACUGUUCAAAUCGUAUUCUAACUAUAUCCAUAAUCAAAACAGUCGAGGUUGAAGAAAAGCAUUCUUUAAAGAGCGCUGUGAAAGGAUAGAAAAACUGUCUGAUGCAUCAGCAACGCGGCAGUACGCGUGAUCAGCCAGAUAUAGCUAAAAAUGUUUUAUAAAAUUUGUAAUCGGAGAACCAUCUCAUGUAUAGUUGUACUACUAUAUGGUUACAUUUACUGACAUGUAAUUGUACAAAAAUAUAUGCAUGGCCGUAGGGAUAACGAUAAUAAGUAGGGAUAAUAAUUUUGAAACGUUUGAGAGCCGGAAAGGAUUUCGGAUUUUAGCGAAUUUGGAGUCUUCUAAAUUGGCUUGUCGGAGUGCCUGCGUGCAUGCUGUAGUCGCAUCUCGAAAUGCUGUGAUGCCGUGUAUGUGCGAGUCCUAAUAUAUAAAAUAUCACCGUUGGUGAAACUAAAAGUAGGUGGAAUCCGUGGAAAUCUUUGGAACUCAUUAAUACUAGAUUUUUUUGUGCACUAUAGCCAUAUUGCAUGGUUAAAUAUACACGUUUUCGGCUUUUAAACGAUCUCAAACGCUGGAUAACCGAGUGUAUAUAGUAUACCAUGGUUGGUGUCUGAACUACAAAGGAUGAAAGGCAUUUUGUCAGGAAAUUUGACUAAUGACCUUCGCCAUGGAAAUAAAGAAAUUAAUUUUUUCGGGUAGUUCAGAUACCAGUUUCCUCUCGGGUACCUAUACUUAUAUAUAACGGUUCCCGAGGCCGAGGGAAAUAAGAUACCAACUCUUCUAAAUAUAACGUCUCAUCAAUCAAUCAGCUUCUCAAAAUGAUGGCAUAAUUAAAUCAAUAGGCAAUAUAUAUACUCAAGAAUAUUACAUUGCUUUGACUGAAGUAAUUAUCGACUUUAGGGCGCGAACCCUCAAAUAGUAACGCAAAGUGCUUUGUAACCCAAUGCGGUUGGAGCACACGACGCACACUUCCUAUUCUCUCUGUUAUCAUUGGGGGUUUUGAGUUAGAUUUCCUUUCGAUUGUGUGGAAGGCACAUGCGCUAUACGUGCGCAAUCAUGCAGCCGUACCUGAUACAACGGCCGCGAUUCGAUUCCGGCAACCCUUCUGCGUGAUUAUAAUUCCCCCUCAGUUAUACGUUUGACGUUCCCAGUUUUGUUCUACCAAACCCGAAGGUUUUUUCAAUCCUGUUGUGAAUGCACACUAUGGCCACUCAACGAAAAAUGGGAAGAAUUAGUGUGUUUUUUCGAUGCUCCGGUUUCGUACUGUACUAACUAACAGAAUAGACACAUAACGACCCUUAUUCCACCCUUUUUUAUUUCCAACUCAAAGAGCUAUCCAUUCCUAAUAGACAAUUCCCAUUAUAGACUAAUUUUAAAACUAUAUGCAAGGAGAUGCAAAUAAAUCAGCACAGCUAGAAUGAGCAUAUACUAACAUGAGUAAAAUUGCAAAGUUUGGUUGUAAAAUGCUGAAAAUAUAUAGCCAUGCAAAGUUUGCAAAUUUUGUAUACUUUUGCAUGCGUGCCGAAAUUGCUACCAUUUUCGGCUCAAAUGUGGUAGCAAUUUCCGCACGUAAUACAAAAGUAUACAAAAUUUGCGAACUUUGCAAGGCUAUAUUCAGGGGCGUAGCGUGUGGGGGGGGGGGGUGUGUGUGACACCCCCCAGUUUUAGUGAGGUAGUCGGUAAAACGCGAAGUUAUUCGGUAAUGGCAAGAGCCAUGACAGCGGUCGGUAAAACAAAUCGGUUAAAGUGGAAUUUUGCUCCUCGGUAAAUGGCUUUUAAUAAUAAAAAAAAAAUUAAAUUAAUGUUGUGCCUUGUUCUCCGAUAAAGUUAUGCAAAAUGUACUACGUAAUUCUUCAGUAUUAAAACACUUAUAUUAAAUAUCUACGCAUAAGCAUUGGAGUCCCUAAUUUCCUAUCGUAUUACACUUGCAAGAGCUGCAAUAACAGUCGGUUCUGAUUGGACAUGUUCAACUGUGCGCGAACUUUUGACCUUGAUACAAUGAUACGCAAAAGAAUUAAAGAUUAUACUUAUAUAUUUGUUAUUGACACGCGGUGCUCAUAAAAUGUUUCGCCAAUUUUUCAAGUCUGUUCAUUACAAUAAACAACAAGAUAAAUGCCAUUGGGUAAAAUGACUUAUCGCGAAGUAACAAAGACAACAAUUAUUCCAAUUAAUAAAACAUUUGCUACGUUUCUGGUUCUACGUUAUUUCUAGACGGCUGACUAAAGUCACGGUAAGUGUCAUUAAAUUAAACGCGCGCCGAAAUAUUUAUUUGUCAAUUGCUGUAUAGCUGUUAUGGUAUAUGUUAUAUGUAGCGUAUAAGGGGCGGUCACGGAUUCUAAUAAAACCUCACGGUGAGCUCACACUCACAGUCUCACAGCUUGUUAAUAUCUGACGGAUUCUCACGGAUUUCGAAAAUAACACAACUUCAACAAUAUGGUUUUGUUUGAUAUAAAUAAAAGCUACCAAACCUUGUGUGUAUAAGGUACAGAAGGCUCUGAAAAUGCCAUUUCCAACGAUCUAGAGACUCCAUGCGCGCGUGGGUCGGUAAAACUUACAUGUUACACCCCCAGUUGUGUUGGUCAUGCUACGCCCCUGGCUAUAUUUUCCGCAUUUUACAACAUUUCGCAACCAAACUUUGCAAUUUUAUACUCAUUUUAGUAUGCUCUUUCUAGCUGUGGUGAUUUAUUUGCAUUUCCUUGCCUAAUUUUAAGAUUAUUCUAUAAUGGGAAUUGUCUAUUAGUGUUGGUUACUUUAUAACUAAAUACAGAUAACUUAUAGAAGUACUUGGUAGCUUGAUACAGGUCAGAGGACAUGCAUGUACAUGUAACGACGUUUUCAAAAGUUAAUUUCGUUUUCAAAACCAGAUUAUAAAAAGAAUCGAAUGAGGCUACACAAUGACUUUAAGUGGUACCCACCCCAGGGCAAAUCUAUUUUGUCGUGAGCUCACGGAAAUUUGGUUAUUAUAUUCAGACCUGCAUGAGUAUAUAAUUGUAAAUAGCUCUUCAAAACUGCAAUGGACUGAUCAUGCACUAAGAAACCCAAUAGAAAUUGGAAAAGUUUUGUUAAUUAAUAUAAUAUCUUUACCAUUGCCAUUGCCAUUGCCAUUGUACAUUAAUAUGAAGCAAAUAAUAAAUACGACAUUUCAACUGUUUGAAUCGAAUGGACGCAAAAAUCAGUUGGUCGUUGCAAUAUGAACUUGUCAGUAUAUUGAUGUUUGUGAUGUUACUCUGACUGUGUGCAUUCACACCGGGCAAGCUGAAAAGUUUGCCUGACAACGGUAGGAAUCGAACCCGCUACCUUUGGGAUAUACUAGUCCAAUGCUCUACCAACUGAGCUACGAGGACUAGUGACUUGACCUCGUAGCUCAGUUGGUAGAGCAUAAGGGACCGGCCAUUAUUUAUGGCGGGGGGUGGCACCGAAGAGAAAAGGGUUGGGUAAACAAAAUUUUGAGUGAGUAAAAGGUUGGGUAAAUGAAAAACUAAACAACUAAAGGGUUGGGUAAUAAAAAAUUAUUGUCAUUUCCAAAGAAUGACUCACUGAAAUAUUGGAGACAAAAAAGCAAUGUCAACAGUCAUAUGUAGAUACAAUAUGUGAAUCAAUCAGAUUCAUUAUCUUGAUCAUUUUCCGAUUUGUUGCAUGGGAGACAAAUGGUGUCUCCAAAAAAACAACAUGUGCAGACAAUAUGAAACUUUAGACUGCAGAAAAUUUCACAAGCCGUUAUCAAACUCAUGUCACAGAAGUGGUAAAGGUAUCCUUUGGUAAAGUUUUUGGCCAGGGGUGGGUAUUUAUUUUUUAAUUGAUACUUGAGGUUGGGUAAUCAAGUUUUUGACUUUCUAAUGGUUGGGUCAGCAAAAUCUUUCCCACAAAAAACAUUUCUCUUCGGUGCCACCCCCCACCAUAAAUAAUGACCAGUCCCUAAGAUCUAGAUUGGACUAUAGUAUCCCAAACGUCGCGGGUUUAGCCUGCGUAGCAGGCGCUAUUUUAUGGGGGAAGGCGAGGGUGGGAGAAGCCGUAGGGGGGAAGGCGAAGGAGCGAGGAAAAUUGGGAGAGGCGAGAAAAAAAUAGCUAUUUCAAUUUUUUCCUCGCUCCUUCGCCUUCCCCCCUAGCUUCUCCCACCCCCGCCCUCCCCCAUAAAAUAGCGCCUGCUACGCAGGCUUUCGCGUCUUCGAUUCCUACCGUUGUCAGGCAAACUUUUCAGCUUGCCUGGUGUGGAUACACACUCAGAGUAACAUCACAAACAUCAUAUUCACCUGAGUACAUAACACCAACACGCACAAAAAAGUUGUCAGUUAUAUUGGUUUAAUUUCUUGCGUGCAAAAAAACAGCCGGAAAUGCGUUCCACAGUAUACUUGAGACAAUUCAAUAACUUUUUUUCCACAUCUUUCCGAAGGAGUUGGUAUAUUGGAACCUUUCCGAAGGAGUUGGUAUAUUGUGCAUGCAUGCAGAAAAAAGGUUCUACAGUAUAUAUUUCUCUUGUUUGUCUCUUUUUAAACAAGUUGGUCAGUGAUGAAAUGGCGGCGCUGAUUCUGUUUGAUUGUUGAAAAAACGAAAAUUGUUGAAGACUGCCUGAAAAUAUGAAAUAUGUAUAUAUCCACCGUCUAUUAACCUCUAUUAACCCCCGCCCCCAUUGUAUAAGCCUCUUCCUCUCCAAUAAGCUCCGUGUUAUUGGGAAAUGAAUUUAUUAAGCCCCCUCUCUAUUAAUCCCCCCUCCCCCAAUCUCGUACCCAGAGCCAAAGAAUAAUCAGAUGGCUCUGGGCACAAGAUUGCCUCACCGCCAUCACAACAAACAAACACCACAUAUGUUCUGAUCAAAUUUAUCAUUUGGCUUGGAAAUUCUAUUUAAAUAUCAAUUUUUAUCAAAACUUCAAUUUUUGAAAAGACAUCUGGCAAUAUACUCAACGGGGAACUAAUCAGUAUUAAAUACGGGUCAGCAGGAACCGUGUAUAUAUAUAUAAUAUAUUUAAAUCUUAAGGUGCUUUGAAGAUUAGGAUAGAAGAGCUCUAAUUCGAUUAACUUGAUUCCAACCAAAUUAUAUGUGAAAAAAUUCUUGAAAAACUAUGGGAGCUUUCCAUCUGCAGUAAACUCGUUUGGCAUUGGAAAAAGAACUUUACCGAACCUUAACGAAGUGCAAAAAAACCCUUACCGAAGGUAUGGAACCUUGAGGUACUCUUUCUUAACACUCGCAUCCCUGAGUCACUGAGUGCAUUUUUAAGGAUUCUUAAGUGUUGGGGCAAAACUGCCAAUAGGCCCAUUCUCUCCUCGCCGAAUUAGGUAUGAGCCGAGUACCGCAGGCACGAGUUAGCUAGGGAGGUCUCUGAAAUUUCUGAAAUUUGGGUCUCUGAAAUUUCCUUUGAAGAAAUCUCAUCUUCUCAAAACAAAGUUUUAAUGGUGAAAUCAGUGUAAUAAAUUGCAUGCUAAACUGACAUUCAAACACAACAUAAGUUUAAGUACAAUCUGACCAACAAAUUCUGUUUUUUAAACUUCUUUUCAAUGUUAAACUCAUUUACUCAAUACAGGUCUUAAGCCCCGCUGGCUUUGGGGCAAUAUAUAGGCCAUAUUUUUUUCUUCAGUGGUGGGGCAGAGGAAGGGGCCCAGUGGGGCAAGUACCUCACCAGUCUAUGGUAUUGAAAAAUACCUUGCAGUCUCGCAUGCUCAAAACCAGAUAAGUAUACUACAUAGUUUUUUUCUGCUUAUGAUAUGUUAGACGUAUUCUUCUCUUGUCCGUGGUACGUGUUAUGCAAAGUAACUUUCCAUUUUCUCAGUUGAAAUUCCGGCCACCUAGUGGGACCGAACAAUCAACGGACCAAAGGGGGCAUUUUGAAAUUUCCUUGUUCUUAAAAUGGAAAAAAGGUGGCGCCAAUAUGGCCGACCUCACUGUGACUUUGUCUUGCACUUCCUCUUCUUUCAAAAGAUUCCCAAGUGCGAGACAUGGAUGUCCUAAUGUACGCUUUGUUCUUGCUUAAUUGUCGGCUAGAAAUUAGAAACAAGAAACUUAAGACUAAAAUUACUUUGUUUACAAACCGUUCUGGCCUCUUGAAAGCCGCGUUGCUCGUAAAUAACGAGAUUGGGUGCGUGGGAAUGAGGCAGUAUUAGGGAAACAUAAAGCAAUACUUUGGGAACAACAUUACAAAGUCAAAGAAAAUACAUUAUAUUUUUACGCCGCUGCUGAGAAGGAUAUUAAAAUGUGAAGCAGGAAAGUUAGGUUAACGUAUUAUUCAAUUAUUCACACAGCAAUUAAAUUGUGGCCGACAACACGGAAAUGAUAGCACAAAGACUUUUGUUCAACAUGAUAAUGGUUUUCUUUCAUAACUGCAAGAACUCACGCUACGCUUUGACAUUUAAUGACAUUGUACGUAUCAUUGGACUAUCAACAUUGACACUCGACUGCACGGCUAGAACAUUAUCAAGACAACAUUAUUUGUGCUCUGUUGAAAACGUUCUAAACCAUAUUUAUCUUGGAAAGCGCUGCUCGUUUCAAGGGGCUGAACUUUAACAGGAUUUACGUAUGUGCUAACCGCGAAUUUCUCAACAUUGGCCAAUCAGCGUUGACAAAAUUUACCGCCAUUUUUCUGCGACAUCGCACCAAGUUCAAAGCACUCGGAACAACAUCUUGAUUACGUAACGUUAAAUAUACUCCGAAAGUUGCUAUAGAGAGCAACCUUGGCCCUGUCCUUUUAUCCUUUCAUUCGUGGUGUUAUAUAUUUUCACGAGCUGGAGAUAUUAGCGGGGUUUGAGGUGAGAGACAAAACACUUUAACACAUUACAGGUAAACCCAUUUUACACACUUCAGUCACUGUUUGCUUAUGGCAAAUUCAAACUUCUUGUGUUUGUGUGGGUUUAGAAAUUUUCCUUUUCUAAAACGGCCAUAUCAGUAUAUAGCCUAUAUACUACAGUAUAUAGGCUAUAUAGGACGUUCCGGCAAAGACUGAUAUUAUAUAUUGUAUACAAGUAUUUGUUGUAUCUUUAGUAUCCCAUAUUAUAUUAAGCGUUCGUCGGUAUAUAUGACUGGUUUAUACUAUAAAAGUUUCUGUGAUCAUAGACAUAAACAUAGUAGGAAUUUUCAUGCAUAUAUAUAGGUAAAUUCUAAGUUCUGAAGGAUUUGUAAGACUAAUACAUGUUUGAGGAAACUGACCCAUGCAAUGUUGACAAUUAUAUUAACGUUUAACACUGAUUGAGUUCCCUUAAACAAGUUUUAAGUAUAGAAGUUCUCUUGGACUAACUAAUAACUUUUAUUAAGCUUUCGACUUCAGAAAAUUUCAAUCUUUCAGCGCGAAAAUUUAAAUUCCUCAUGUAUACAAUUCUGAAGAAGGCUCGAAGAACUGAGUCGAAAGCUCAAUAUUGACAAUAAAAAUUAUUAUUAUGUAGUUCAAAAUUUCCUAAUGUGAUGGUGUAAACUUGGCUGCCUUUAUGAAUUGGCCAAAUAUAUGUCUAUUCUUGCAUGGUAAAAAAAAAUAUUGUGAAGCACUGAACGUUUAAAGAGUAAAGUGAUGUGAAGGCAGUAAAACAAGAUUCAUUUCUGUAACAUUUUCAUUGCAAAAAAUCCCGCAGUAUUAAUUUAACUCGAAAACAAUCCACAGUGACUUAAAAUGAUGAGUAAAAUAGUCAGUUUUAGGACGUUUGCUAAGUUUUUUGAGUAAAGUUUCAAAUUUACUCUGUGUUUUGAGCAAAAAUUUACUUUCCUAAAAAAAGAAGUGAAUUCGCUCAUAAAUUUGAGCAAUUGUAUUCAAUGACAUUUGCUGUGUUGGUUCACUAGCUGCAUUAUCAGUUUUACUCAAGUUUUGAAUCAAAUUUUUGGUGCGGCAAAGCCAAUGUUAAUAAAAGUUCGUUUAGCAUUACCAUUACUCCCAUAAAUUACCCAUUAUGAUGCAGGACUAUUUUUAUUUUGAACAACAUAAAGUCAUGGUCAUGUUAACUGAAUACCAAAAGGGAUGUCGACACAAGGUUGCACAUAUGUAUCUAGUUACAUGUAUGUUGUGCUUGUGAUGUUACUCUGAGUGUAUAUCCACACCGGCAGGCUUGAAAAAUAUGCCUGGCCACGGUGGGAAUCGAACCUACGACCUUUGGAAUACUAGCCCAAUGGCAAUGCUCUGCCAACUGAGCUACGCGGUCAGGUCGGUUCGAGUAUGUAAUAUUUCGGAACUGAGUCUAGUUCCUUCGAUAUCAGUGUAAUCUAAUAAUCAUGAUAUUUGCUGUGUUGGUGUAAUGUACUCAGGUGAAUAAGAUGAUAAGGUCGUAGGUUCGAUUCCCACCAUGGCCAGGCAUAUUUUUCAAGCCUGCCCGGUGCAGUGAGCUCUAUAUAUAUAUCUGGAGUAGGAACUUCUAAUGUUUUGGCAAUAGGCCAAGUGAAGCCAAAAAAAUCCAAGAUGGCGGCCAUUGACGUCCAAUAGCUCUGAAGGUCGUAAACAGUUUUUAUACCAUUUUCCCCAGCUAAUUCCAGUUUUUUCUGAUGGACCGUAUCACUAAUCAAAUUUUCAGUUCAUAAAAUCACAAUAUUAUUCUUUAAAUCGAAGUCAAAAUACGAAAUUUUAACACACUCCUUGCCAAGAUGGCGGAAAUUGAAGGAGCUCUUGGACGUCAGUUCCAGUCCCUUUCUAUUGUUUUUGUAUGCGCGGUUAACACGAAACUGGCUUCACUUUGAGCAACCAAGUUCCUACUCCAGAUAUAUAUGGAGCUCACUGGCCCGGUGUGGAUAUACACUCAGAGUAACAUCACAAGCAUCUUAUUCACCUGAGUACAUUACACCAACACAGCAAACACUGUCAUGUUGUUGUACUAUAUUAGAGGCUGCACUGAUGGUUUGCAGACUAUCAAAGUUUCUGUCGGAUCACAGUAGGAAUUUUACAUAGGUUUUCGAAGUAUUUGAAGAAAUGCUUGAGGGAACCGCCUUGUAGGUACCUCAAAAAUUUCUUACAAAUCCUUCAAAACUUAAAAAAUCCCUACUGUGAACACAGAAACUUUGGAAGUGUAAACCAACCAGAUUUAUCGAAGAUAUAUAAUUUCGAGUGCCAUGCAGCGUUUGCUUUUAUAAACAGUAAUAGGUUGAUGGAAAGAAAGACUAACAACAUGUUUUCUUAAUAUUUUGCAACGCAUGCAACUUUAAUUAAAACUUGUCGUUUUGUUUAAUAACUAACCCCGGUUUCAAAAUGGCUUUUUUAAUUAAACAUGGCAGCUUCAAUAAACCAAACGCAAAAUAAGGGCAUUUAAACUUGAUUUAAAAUUGAUACAUGCAUGAAAAUGAAACAAAACAUUAAAUGGAUACAAAAGAUAUUACUUAACUGCUUGCGUUAAUGAAAAUAGGUAUCGAUAACUAGAUGUGCGGUAUGGACACAAAUAUCAAAAAGGAGGGCAUUUGUGAAGUCAUUUCCUCUCAUUUAUUUACAGCAAGACAGGAUACGAUAAUAUUUCUCUGUAAACUGAUAGUCUGCCUGCAGUAAUGUUCUUAACGACUUGUUUUCGUUAUUUCCUGACUGUAGUCGAACAUGCACAAACGGGAUAGACGCGACACUCAUUACUGCCACGCAAAACGUUUAUUUUCGGACUUCCUGAUUUUUCACGCUUCGGUUUACCCAACGAGAUUCGCGGCAAGCCACAAAGAAACUUGUAUUGUUGUUCUUUCAGGAGACGAAACAGAGGGGAGAAUUUAAUACGCUAUUUCGUCAAGACUUCAAGGAUUUGCUAACAUUUGCCUUCGUUAAUCAUUCGGUAAGAUCGAAGUAUAUCAUUUUAUUAUACCAUUUAUGCAUGGGUUUGUUUAGACUAGAAAUUAAAUGAAUAUUUGCCUCGCGUAAGCCAUUUUUCGUUGCGGUAGGCCCUAUACAUUAACGCACAUGACUCGAUUAUCAUGCGUGGAUCGCUGUAAUCUUCUGACUUGUUUUGCUGGUAAAAACUGAUGACAAGCUGACGUUAAUACAACGUUGUUUUACACCAAAUAUCAGUUUCACGGCGGGUUUAUUUCCAAUUACAAAUAUAUUUGUGUGAUAGUAUGCCUUGUACAUGGAAAUCCUUUCCCUGCGGGCUGCUGUAGCUGACGAGUGAUGUUGUGGAAUACGCGGAUUUUUGUCUGAAAAUCUCUCAACAUCAUUAAGUCAAAUUAUUGGAGUUAUGAAAAUUUUGAAGUUGUUAAAAAUUUGGUUUGGCUGAAAACUGAUUGUAUGUAUGCUUUAAACUUCAGCUAUAGUACUGCACUACGCACUCGUAUCUAUAUGGCUUGUAAUUCGCGCAAUAUCGAUCUUGUGGCUGUUACAUUUAUCUAAAAUAUUAAAAUGUUGCAUGUAUAUAUGCUUUGUGCGGUUAUUUUAUAUUAAGCUUGUACAUGUAAUAGCCUAACAUGUCCACUACAUACAGUGUAACAUGACACACGCAGUAACGUAAUUUAAAAGUUGAAAAGGGAGAUUUUUCGUAAAAAAGGGAAGGAAUUUUGGUAAAAAAAGAGAUUUUCGAAUAAAAUAUUUAUAGAAUGAAUAAACCUUGAUCUUUGAACAGAUCAUAUACCGGGUGGCCCAAAAAAAAGUACUCCUGUUUGAUUCGUAAUAACUUCUAAACAAGUAAAGUUUUUAAAGAGAAAUAACUUGCAUUAAAUAGAGGAAGGACUAACUUAGAUUUUGAUAUAUUACAGUUGUAUUUAACUUAAAAAUUCACGGAUAUAUUAAUGUUAAAAAUGGGAGCAUAUUUUGGAAUGUGUCUAAAAUUAGCGAAAAUCGGCAUAUCAAAUAUUAACUCCAGCGUUUGUUUGCUUAAUGACAUAUUAGGCUAACUUGUAUUUCAGCGAAUUAUCGUUAAGGUUUGUAAGGGAUAUGGCGUAGAUUAGACAUCUUACAUGUAAGUCUUAGCUCAUUGUUCCUGAAAUAUGAACGUUCGAAAUUAUGCAAGUAUUUAAUAUUAGGUCUUUGCAAACUUAAAUGUACAUGAAAGACUGACCAUGGAAGGCAGGCGCUUAAAUUUUUCGUAUUCUUAAAUAGCCUAAUUUUUUUAUGUUUUUAAUGGGUUCAAACAGACUGAGUAGAUUAUUUCUCGGUUAGAGCAGGAUGAAUAUUCUUUAUUGAAGGAAAUAUAUUGCUUUUUGCAAAUACACAUCACCGUAUCAACGCUACUAUUUUGUUACGUUUUGUUCCAAAAAUGUUGCAUGUCUCUGGGGAGUUGCUUAAUUGUUAUGUCUUAUGGAGUUGUAUGGUUUGAUUGUGUUUCAUAUAAUUCUCAGUUUACUCCAUGAACUUGCCAAGAUUGAGAAACGGCAAAAGAGUUUGGGUGUUCUUAACAAGAUUUCAGAACGUUGCAGAAGUUAGAAGAGCUUCACAAUUCCGUUGUGACAGCAUGCCCUAAUUCAGAACUACGAACGAUCCAAUGACGAUCCUUCGCGAUGCAGUGGUCUCAUGAAAUAAGGAAACGUAUUCGUGCUAGGAACACACACGAAUUUCGGACGAAUGAAUCUUGCUUGUAUUUUGUAGAUAUAAUAAUACUUUGUUUCAUAAUAAACAAUUUGUCAAGUGUCAUUUAUUUACUGGUAAUAGUGCAUGUUUCAGUCGGGCAAAUCUUGAUUAAUAUUUGAUACGCCGAUUUUUGCAUAUUUCAGACACAUCCAGAAAUAUCCUCUCGAAUUUAAAGAUUAAUAUCUCCGUGAAUUUUUAAGUGAAAUACAACUGUAAUAUAUCAAAGUCUAAGUUAGUCCUUCCUCUAUUUGAUGCAAGUUAUUUCUCUUUAAAAGCUAUACUUGUUUAGAUGUUAUUACGAAUCAAACAGGAGUACUUUUUUUGGGCCACCCGGUAGUUUACACAUAGAUAUUUUGAUCUUCUGUUUUUGUAAGGCAGUUUAAAUCUAAACAGUAUCGCACUCUAUAUAUAAUAAUAUUAAGUGAAGUCAGAGAGUUAAUGCAUGGAGUUAAAGUGCAACAUGCUGCGAUUUGUCAGGUGGAUUUCAGGUGUUGCUAAAUGUUGACGAUGAAUAUAUUGUCACCUGAAGAUGUCGCAAAUUAGGAAUGAUCACUUUUAUACCACGUAUUGUAUUUCGGCUUCAAAUAAUCUACAUCCGAAAUUGCAAUAAAAAUUCCCCCAUGCCUUUUAGCUGGAAUCCAAAAAGACCCAUGCAGACAAAGGAUUCGACGGAAACUGCAGUGUAAACAGUCUGAAGUUUCUCAAACAUAAACUGAUAUAUGUCAGUGCCUACACGCAUAAAUGAAUAAACUAAAGGCUCAUGGUUAAGUUUACACUAUCAAAGUUUCUGUGAUCACAGUGGGAAUUUUACAUAGGUACAAGUUUUGAAAGAUUGUUACUGAAAUGUUUGAAGGAACUGACCUAUACAGCAUAUAUAAACACUGAGACAAUUCCUUCAAACAUUUCUUACCAAUCCUUCAAAACCUAUGAAAAAUUCUUACUUGGUGAUCACAGAAACUUUCAGUUGAUAGUGUAAACCAGCCUAUACCUUAAAGAAGAGGAAAACUUUGCACUUUUUCAAAACAAUUUUGUUAAAGUUAGACGUUUGUUAUACGCUGAUGAAUGUCGAAUAGUCAAACACUCCAGACCAUUAUUUUUGCAUCAUUCUUCUCACACUUUAUAAGUGUACAACCUACAUGAAGAUGUGUUGUAAUAUUUUUUUCAAAGACUAGAUUUUUUUACCUCGGAUUACUGAAACAGUGGAUUAAAAGGUGCAAAAAGUGGCUUUUUUGCGUGUUAAUUUGACUAGGCGUUAUUUAAAUCCUAAAAUGAGUUUCACACUUUUUAGCCUAAUUCGAUCGGUUUCGAAUUUAAUUUUUGAAAAUUCUGAUCAGCUAGUGUGCAUGUAUACAGAAAAAAAACUUUUCAACACUUUGGAAACCAAGUUUAUAGUUAUAAAAGCAAAAACUUCAGUCAGUUAUCUUUUAAAUCCGCAAUACAUACUGCAUAUAGAAGCACAGAACCGAUAAAAGUUGUAGUUGUUUGAAUAUAUUAUAAUUAAUAAUGCAGCUAGUGUUUAUAGCUACAGGAAACAGAUCUAAUGUCACUUGUUUGAUCAUAAUCUAUAUUAGCAGUAUAUAUAGUUUCUAUAAAGUGUUAAAACAGGAAAUAUAAAUAAAACAAAGUAUGGACUAUGGCAAGAAUUAAUAACUCGUAGUCUUCUCGUAUGUCUUAACUUUAAUACUUUUGUUUCAAUUUUGCUUUCAUUUUCCAAAAGUUAUGUUACUGUUAUGUGAGUGGUUCAAGUAAAAACGAAACGUUAUUCACUGCAUACGGAAAAUGACUUUUUUACUAUUUCAUAUAUAAUUAACCAACAUAAUGUCAACUAAUACAUAUGUUAAAAAAGUCAUUUUCCGCAUUACGGAAAAUAUACACACAUAUAUAUAUAUAUAUAUAUAUAUAUAUAUAUAUAUAUAUAUAUAUAUAUAUAUAUAUAUAUAUAUAUAUAUAUAUAUAUAUAUAUAUAUAAUACGAAAAUUAUAUAUAAAUACGAAAAUUAUAUAUAAAAUAAAAUAAAUUGGAGUACAACGAGCCAUUGAGCAUUCUGUCAAACAACAGUUUUUAUAUAUUAUAUAAUAUAUAUAUAGGCAUCUUUCCAAACACUCACAAUUGAACGCAGGAAGCGCAUUGUCUCUAUAAAAGCGUUAUUAAGUUUUUUUCAUGUAUUAAACAUUAUUAAGUUUUUGCCCCCAGCAUUUCAAUGUUUUGGAUAAUUGCGUGGGUUUCAAUUAUCUGAACUGAUAAGAAAAUAAAACCGAUCAUAUUAUUUUAAGACAGUUCAAGAUUCGUGUCAGUUUGGUGAAAUUUCAUGCAACUAACGUUUUCUUGUCUAUUUAAAUGUUAUUUUUUCAAAUACAAUGCCGUCAAUGGCAAUGUGUACAAAAUUUAUAUAUAUUACAUUAUUAGUCACUCCAAGUUAUAUUUCAAUCGCAUUUAUCCGGUUAUACUUCAGGGCAUUAAUUGAAUUUAAGAUACUCAAGAGUUAUAUGGAAUGGGUUAAAAAUCAUAUCAGUUUUAAAAUUGUAGACUUGCGAAACUUAUCUAUACUGAUUCAAAUUCUUCAAAAUAUUCUAUCGUAUACUUCAUGAAAUAUAUGAAUGUGGAAUACAUUUAUUUGAAUGUGAAAGGAAUGUAAAUGUUGAUUUUUUUAUUAAAACAUUUUGCCCAAUGACAAAGGGUCAUGAAGUGGUAAAAUGCAUAGAUGUGUAAAAUGGGAUUUGGAACACUGCAAUGGGAUUUUCAAAUCAGUCGCUAGGAAGAGUAUUUGGCCGCAAAUCAAUGAUUCAGGGGACCUGGAUUCUGAAAUAACGUCUGCUGGGAAAAUAGAAUUGACCCCGCACCCUCACGCCCUUCCAUGAUAUGAAACAAAUAGUACCAAUCAUUGGUCGGAUUAAUCCUUGGCUUAAAAUUAAGUUCCUUCAUUUCAGUUCACCAAAAAAUGUUCGAUUUCCAUCACGGAAAUGAGUUCCCCCUUCGCGAUUAUAAUUACCAAGGUCAAGUAGUGUGCGUCAAUACAGUUCCGUUAUAAACGCUACAUUACAUAGGCAUUUAUAGUACUUUACCCAAUCCAUCACGGAUAUACACGCGAUGGCUAUUUGCAAAAUUGCCCACUUCGGCGAGGAGACGCAUCUCAUUUAGCACUGUGACACUAUUAAUAAAUGGAUAUGCCAAUAAUAACUUAGCUCGUCUCAUGUGAAAAAUGUUUGAAAUUAUAUAUAAAACUGCAUAGUUUCGCUUAAUUCUUGAAAUAUCUGUUUGACUGACUCAUUGAGCUGUUGUGUCCUCCAUCUUGGUUUUAAUUCUACAUUUAAUUUCAUUAAUUUACUUUUAGUUGCGUGAGUCCAAUGUUACCGGAUGUUUAAAAUUUUGUCAGUCAAUUUUGUAUUUGAAAGAGUGACGCAAGUUUAAUUUUGACCAACGUAUAGUCCAUUGCCAAUCUAGAUGAAAAAAUUGUGGCAGGUCACCACUGAUUUGGAUAAUGUCGGUCAAAAUAUUUGAAAAACAACAUUUGAAAACGCUUUCCCACAUAAAUUUAAACGUUUUUUUCAAAUAUUGGGAAACCAAUUUUCUAUUGCCAUGAUACACUGGGGAAAAAAGUGAAAUCCAUACUAUACGAAAUUUGCAAUUGCACCGCUAAAUCCAUAGUAUAUCCAUCCUGUUUCCAUACUAUAUCCACACUAUGGAAAUAUACAAUUAUUAUGGAUAAUCAAAAAUCCAUUCUAUUUCCAAUAAAAUUAAUGGUCCAUACAAUUUCCAUUCUAUGACUUUCCAUGGAUUUUCAAAAUUUUUUCCAGUGAUAUCUUUUAAAAUCCUUAAUGAAGUUAGGAUAAUUUAAAUAUCAGUCCUGUGAAAUAACAGAAGGUAGCCUACCAAUGAAAUAAAGUAAUGUAUUAGUCUUACUAUAUCUAAGUAUAACCUCAUUAGUACGGCCAGUUCACGUGGGCAGAUAUUUUUCGUAUCAUUGCAUCACCCACGCUAAUUUUGAGUUGAGAUAACUGUGCACUUAAGUUCUUUAUAUAUACCCUUUGAAUAGAUUUCGAAAGAGGAAUAAUAGUGUUCAAAAUUUAUAUUUGGCAUGCCUUUUUUGGUGUAGUUCUCAUGGGAAUUUAUUACGCCCCUUAAUCGUUUGAGACGAAAGGCCAAUAUUGUAUGGGUUUUAAUAUAUCUGAUAUAAUAGGAAAUUACAGGAGUUCCUUGAAUUUUUUAUAUUCGUCGUUUGUAUGUCAAGAUUAAAUAUCGAUGUUUUUUAUUUGAGCGCUAGCGUUAAUUCCGUGUGGGAAGAUCCAUUUUUUAUGCUGGAUAUUCACGAUACAGACUUCAUUAAAACCAUGGCUUGAAGCCAGAACGAGGGGUAAAUUACUCUGAAAAUCUUCGUACACUUCAUCAAAAAUCCAAAAAAAUCUUUGGAAAAAUCCCAAAAUCUUACUAAAUCCCAAGUCCCAAGAAAUCUCUAAAAAAAAAUACUUGGAAAAGCCCAAUAAAAUUCUCAAAAUUAUUGCAAUAUUGAGAAAUCCCAUCAACUUAAACAUUUAAAUCGUGAAUUGUUGUGAAAAUGCCCUUCGUUGAUUUACUUCAUUUUAAAAAUAAUUCGACGGAUUAUAUAUGUCGAAAAAAAAGUCGGAAAAAGUUCGGCGAAAAAAAAUAAAGGAAAAUAUUUCGAAAAAAUCCCGAGAAAAAUUACCGGGAUUUUUUAAUCCCAAAAAUCUUCGUACGCUUUUUUUCAGAGUAAUUUACCCCUCGUGCCAGAACAUCUGGUGAAUAAAGAGUAACUGAAAAAAUCUUUGAACGGUCUAUACUCUGUGCCAGUAAUAAGAAUGCUUCGGUUGAUUGGGAUGCAUGCAACUACCUGAAAAAUACAAGGAGAACUUCGACGUUUUGAGCGUCGAAACGUCGAAUUUCUCCUUGUAUUUUUCAGGUAGUUGCAUCCCUAUCAAUCCAAAGAUCUCUUACUGAAAGAAAGCGCAGAAUGCAUGGUCAGCGGACGUUUGUGGAACAUGCGCGUAAGUUUGUGUGAGUUUGGUAAAACCACUGAGUGUUUUAACAAAAUACAAAACAAGUGAACUCCAAAAAUCGAUAACAUUUUUAAAAUAAAUAAAAAUGUUAUCGAUUUUUGGAGUUUCACUUGUUUUGUAUUUUGGUAGUUGUUGAUAGCACUGUUAUUAAAAAUACUGUUUUUUCUGGAUAUGUGCAUGUAGUAUUCGUUACAAUAACUUUGAGACAGUUAAGCAGCAUGAGCGACCGCAAGAGAGCACGAUUAACACAUUAAUUGUGUGAUUCACAGAUGUAAAUUAAGUACUGUAGAAUGAUAAAAGCUACAUACAUAUAUGGUCAUACACAGGAAACACAACCAGCAAAGCUAAAAUAAUCAGCCGACAAGUCAGUAAACAAACAAACAACGAAAAAUCUUGAAAUCUUUGAAAGUCUGGAUUAAACAAGACGUGAAUGUAUAAGUAGAUCAACUUUCUCCAAGCACUACGUCGAAUGACGAAUGGUAUCUUACUAUAUAGUCACUAAUUAAUAAUAACCAGCAGAAGACUGAGCAACCAAAACGGCGUUGAGAUAUAAAUCGACUGUCAAGUCUACAACAAACCAGAUUAACCGGAAAUUAAUCCUGUCUGUCCUGUAUCACUAAGCACGGACUUUGCCGUUCAUGAGUACACUUCAUGGGAUUUUAUCUCGACACAAAUAUCAUUCUUGUGCUCCUUUCUAUACAUAGAAGUUCUAACCAUUCUCGACAACAUUGAAGGUUUUUGUAGGAUAUUCAUCGCGCUAUGGAGAAAGCUCGCUUAUAUAUAAAACAUAAGAUAGACAGUAAUGAUUACACAAUGAUAUAUUACAACCAUAUGUAAACACUUGUGGGCUAUUUUUGCUGCGAUAACUGUACAACCAGACCAUGUCGACACGUUCAAUGUCUUUCUCAGGCUCUCAGCAUCAAUUUUCAACGCAUUAGGAAAUUAAAAAAAGGAUCAGACAAAUCAUUACAUUUUUUAAAACAUGUUUGAACCGUUUAUACGACGCGCACGUAUAGAUUUACCAUAUAAUUCAUAAACCAUUGCUUUCAACUCGCUUCGAACUAAAUCUGGAAUAACAUCAAGGUUAUCAAGACAUUUUGCUAAUACGAAAUUGGAAAUCGCAAAAGUUCUUCUAAAACUUUCACCACAUUUCAAAACUUUUCUUCAAUUUUUAAUCAGGAUGAAGCAUUAAAAAAUUAAAAAGGUUUAAAACGUAGUACAUUUUAUCGUUUUAACCUUUCUAAGUUAAAUCCUGAUUAAAAAUUACAGAAAUAAAAUCCACUGUUCUGCCGGAAUAAAGUCACUGUUCUGAUCGUGAAAGUUACUUGCAAAAACCCAUGACGACUUCACAGUUCUUGACAUUCGUAAAUAUACAAAAUAUGAAGAUUUUUAAUGCACUGUUUUGUUUAAAGAUUUUCUAGAAAUAAUUAAUCUUAAAGUCUUACUUAAGUUAAAACUCUCAAUGACUGAAACAUCAAAUGGUUUUUGUGCAGAAAUUGUUAAAAGUAUUUCGCAUCUUUGCCUUUAUAGAUUACUUUUAAGUAUUCUCUAUUUAUUAAUCUUGGUUCUUUGAAGGUAGUUUAUCUUGUCCUAGUGAUAACUGAUACAUGUUUUUAUCUUGGCCAAAAUCGACCUCCAAAAUAGGUUCGAGUUGACAGGUCAUUUCCGGUAGUGAGAGAAAGUGCGGAUUGGUAUGUCAAACAACGUCAACUUCGGGAUUAAUGAGUUGCGUAUAAAGUACAAGAGAAUUGACCUUUUCAUAGUCUGUGUUCCAGUCCACUACAAUGGGUCGGAGAGUGUUUGGAUUUGAACAACAACGCUAACAACACGUGUAGCCAAACGUGUCUAAAAGUGUAAACAAAUGCCACACAUAAGUUCGGACAAGAAGCUCGCUCGAACAAAAUGGCGGCCGCAGGAGCGAACAAUUUUGUUUCGAAUUGCUAACAACUUGUUGUUUAUUUACUAAAAGUAAUUAAUCGUGUAUUUAGUGGUGACGUGACGCACCACUGCACUGUAAUUAUAAGCAAUUUGAGACAGCGUACAUUUUUUGCACAGACAAAACAUGGUGCUUUACUUUAAUGACUUAUCGGUCAGUUUUGACAUAUUCAAGUGCAUAUAAAUAUCAUGAAACCUUGAAUACAUUUAAAAUGACCAUUAGAGAACUCUCCUUGGGACUUAGGCUCAGAAACAAUUAUCAUGAGAAGGCAGGCUUGUAAAUUUUCCUUUAUAUGAGUACGUCCUUCGCCAGUCCUAAAGGGUAAAGCUUUAUUUUGGCUUCCCCUAAGGGGAAACUCGCUCUCUCUCCAUGUUACAACAAAAAUAGGUGAGUCACUACAACAGGGAGGUGACGUCUUGCUGUUUUCUGGAAACUUCAACCGAGGUUUUUUGAUAGACCUCCUCGGUGUCCUCGGUGGACGUUGUUUCACAUCUAAGAAUGCUGUUUUCCACUAUGGCAACACAAUUUCAUUCUCAUUUACUCAGUUGCAUCUGAUUGGUUCAAUUUACCGCGUGCUAUCACUGAUAUAUGAUUGGCUCUUUGCUUGGAAAAUAAGUUUCUGAUUGGUUGAUCUUGAUAAGUGGUGCAGGUAUAGAGGAAUUUCUUUGGCAAAAAGACUGCUUAGAUGUACUUUUGUCAAUGUGUAGACUGUAUAGUCUUUACAGCCAAAAGUAUAUAUUUGGUCUUUCUUAGUUCUCUAUAAGAAGGAAAACGUAACACAUGUGGGUAUAUACUGGCACGAAUUCUUAUAGUAUUAAGACAGAAAAGUCCUCAAUAUAAAGGACGUGAAAGUCCUAUAGGACUGAAAGUAGGACUUUUUAUAGGACUGAAAGUCCUAUAUUUCGGCUUGGCUCUUUUUCUUUACUUUUUGAAGAGAGAAUUCUAAUAACGUCAAAGCAUGUUUAACUUCAACACCUUCUUAUAAAAAAUUAAUAUGGUGCUAUACAAACAUAUAUGUAAAACAUACAUAUAUUACAUAUACAAUUGAAAAUAAAAUAAAUCACGGUUAUCUGCCGUCAUAUCAAAACACGAUCUAAUAUAAUUAAUUUCUGUGUCUAUACAGGCUAAAAUAAUAAGACUGCGACGGAAACAGAAUAUAAGUUGGUUUUAUUUUAUAUUGAAUCCCAACAAUACAAUACGUUUGUCAAAAUUGACUUGUUUUUUGUGUAUUUUAGCAUAACAUAUGAUAUUUUGUGAAUGUGAAUCGGGACUGCUGCCUGCAUGUGGUAAAAACAUAAAAGUCAGAAAUUGAACAAGCAUAAAUAUAAAAAUGAAACAAAGACUCACAAUGUCCACAAUUAACUGAGUUAAAUCAGGCCUUUGGCUUAGAAAUGUAUUUUAAGUAAAAACUGACGGAAACAUUUAUACUCAUUAGGCCUGGCUAUUGAUCAAAUUAAUUCAAAUUCACAUUAAUGCAUUUUACGCCAAAAUUCAUGACACAAAUCAUGCCUUUGCUAUCUGUGAUGUUGAGGUAAAAGUAAAUAGCCGGAAAGUUGAAUGUAUCCUGUCCAUGUCUGGUUUUUAUCAUCAAAAGACGUUAUAUGAUAGCUUUUUAUUAAAAUUAACUAUAUCGUUAAAUUCCUACUGGUUUCCGGAGUUUUUUUAUACUUAAUUUCAAAGACUUAUCCAGUUUAUAUAGACAAAGCGUUAUUCAAAACUCGAAAGUUGAGGUCUUAAGUUAUCGCAGGAUUUAAAAGUUCACAAAGCGAAUUCAUGGCUUCCCGAAUGCUAAUCCGAUGUCUGUAGGGUAAAUAGUCAUUGUGGCUUGGCUCAAUAUGCCGGAAAUGGCGCCCUAUUGAGCAGCGAUAGGCUGUCGCUGUAUUGAGGCACUUCAUAUCUAACAUUCGCUAUUCUAGAGCGUUAUAUGGCUGCCGUUGAACCGUUCUGCAAGGCUUUACUAUGUAACUCGUAGUUUCACAUUGAAUAUAUAAGUUUAUGUAGCGUAAUAGGUAUAUGGAUAUUUAGCAAAACAGACACAGGAUACAUUGAGUAGACAUUUAAUCUUCUCUUGUCAUUUCAAACGCAUUCUAGCAUCACGUCAUCAUGGCGAGAGCAAAUAAGCGCUCGUCUUUUAAUUGGCAGGUGGGCGGGCAUGAAAAUUAUUCUUAAGGUGUCUGGUUUUAACUUGAGCUUGUAAGCCGUAAGUGAUUGCUUGUGGGAUUUGAAAUAACUCGAUUGCCCAAAGUUCCCCGUUAUCUUGCACGCCUUUGCCCAAAACACACGAGCGAUGAUUUUAUAAGAAGUGGCGAUGGCUUAUGAAUUAGUCAUAUUAGCUAUCCGAUAUGUUUAUCGCUAAGCAUUGCUACACGGCAAAGGCUUGGGGGUCCGGAAGCCAGAAAAUUCCAACGUUUCCUGACUGCUCUUAUUGGAUGUAGCCAUUUGCUUUCGGACGGCUUUCCUAGUUUCCUUCGAUAGAACAAGUUUUGUUACAAACUAUACUGGCUAAUUUAGAUUUCUCUGCUCCGGGUAAGUUUUGUAAGCGAUACUAAGCUCGUUUGUUUGCUUAUAUCGUCGACCUAUUGAUCACAGACCGAACCAUUUGUAUCAAAUCAGAUCAUAGCCGUAUGCUAUAGGUCACCCUAUACGAGUAUAUAAUAAGUACGUCUAUAUUCUCGCUUGUAUUUUUGACCAUAUAAAUAAACCAUGAAUAACUGUAUAUUUUUUGUUUACAGAAAUUUCACUGUGUUCCGUGGAUUGCCGGGUUAUUUUGGUUUGUGAUUUUACACGUAAUUUAUGCUGUUCACUUUAUAUUCAUUCUCGACUCUCGAUACGUUUGUUGAUAAGUAAACCGAUGUGGAAGUGUAUUUAAUGAGACCAGAAUGGCAUUACAUGAAGAUGAUACAUUAAUAACUGUUCGUGAAAAUCCCUUUGAUUCAGACCAUUACGAUGUUGUGUGGAUUAAACGUCGCGACAAGUUUGCAACGACUGAUCAUCGCUCAAGGCAAAAGCCAUCGACUGUUGCAAAUAAAUUAAAAUCGUACGAUGGUACAGGUGCUGACGGUAACAAACUCAAGGAUAAAACUAUAGACUAUACAUUCAUAGACGAGUACUGUAAAGUCUCUGGACCUGUGAAGACACGAGAUGAGGAUUCCAAACGGAGGGAGCCAAAGACAAAUACGACAGCAGCAUUUGGUCGACCGAAGGUGCCCUUUGGUAAAUUUGUACAACAACAUAUAGGCGGUACGUCUGACCGUCCGCACACCACAACAGUACAACCCCUAGCCGACAUUAGCGAAUGUCAACAGGUUCAACGUACAUCUUGCAGGAAUGCGGAGAAUCACGAAACUACGCCAUUGAGUGACUGUUACAGCCAAGAGGAUAUCACUUUAGAAUGUUGCGGUCAUAAUGUUGAAACAUUGGUUGAUUACUGCACAUGUAUGUUUUGUGUGAAAGGCUUGCUGUACCACUGUGCUGAGGACUCCUCGUGUUCGGACAAUGUUUUAGACAAUCCUUGCUCGUGUUCGCCUGUGAACAUGGGUUGCGUUGGUCGUUGGAGUAUGUUAGGCUUACUUUCAGUAUUUCUACCGUGCUUAAUGUGUUACCCACUCGCAAGGGGCUGUGUCGGAGUGUGUAAAUGUUACAAAGAAGGUGAAAGCCGACGUAAAAGCCGAACUAGAAGUGUACAAAAUCGGGAACGCGAGAGACUAACGUGACCCUGAAUCUGAAACCGUUUUAAGCGAACGGCGACGAAAAUAAAUCACGUAUUGACUCCGUGUUGAUAUUGCCCAAAUAGUCGGUGGGCCCGAAUAACCCAAGAGCGCAUAACGAAAAUAUGGCUCAAAUUACUCAAAACCGCAAGGAAAUUACGGCGAACGAUAUUUGUACAGUGUACAUAUAGAACGAGCGAAAUUUAAAAUGUGAACCGCAAACUGUCUUCUCACUCAUAUUUAUAUACAGCCAAGUUUGUGCUUGUAAAUAUUAAAUUUGUAAAACUCUACAUGGCCUGGGGUUUUUUGUGUGGUACUCAGUACCAGAGAGAAUGAU